UUACUGCCGUUGAACAAAAACUAGAAGGCGAUUUCCGUUUCACUCAUGCAAGUGUUAAUAUUUCACGCAUCAUUGCACACUCGGAAGAGAUUGCUUUCUAUGGUGGCGGCGAACGUGAGAAAGUUGUGGUUAAUGGGAGUUUUGACAAGAUCGUCCGUCACGUUAAGAAAACCUACAGAUUGCGAUUCGCCAAUGGAAUUAUUGAUUCUGUCUUGGUGAAAUAUUGCGCGACCAUGACGGCGUACUAUUUGCUAGCAAGGCCUGUCUUUAAUCCUAAAUAUGCUACGGACUUCAUGGGCAAGUUAGAUGCUGAUCCAACAAAGAUUAUGGAAGAUUAUUCAAGGAACUCAGGAUAUCUUGUUAAUCUCUCGCAGGCUGUUGGACGGCUGAUUUUGGCAGGGCGUGAUUUAACUAGAUUCGCUGGUUAUACGUCACGCGUGGCUGAGCUUUUUGAUGUGCUCGAGGAUGUUAACAACGGUCGUUAUGAAAGGGCUAUGGUCAGCAAGGAUGUAAAUGAGGCGAACACUGUGAAAGCUGUAACGCCCAGUGAUCUUAAGGGAAGGGUGACCACACAAGACGGUGUCAUUGUUUUUGAAAAAGUGCCUAUAAUUACACCAAAUGGGGAUGUCUUG